CCUCCCUCUCUCGUCAUUACUCUUUAAGAAAAAAAAAAGACUCACUUCAUUUUCUUCUUCCUUUCACCACUUGACUCUCUCUCUCUCUCUCUCAAUCUCUCAUGAACUCCAACGACCAAUAUCCAAUGGGCAGACCCGACGAAACCACCACAACCUCGGGAACUUCUCGAACCUACGCCAUGAGCGGCAAGAUCAUGCUCAGCGCCAUCGUCAUCCUCUUCUUCGUCGUCAUCCUAAUGGUCUUCCUCCACCUCUACGCCCGCUGGUACCUCCUCCGCGCUCGCCGCCGCCAUUUCCGCCGCCGCAGCCGUAACCGUCGCUCCACGAUCGUUUUCUUCGCCGCCGCGGAUCCCUCCACCGUCGUCGCCGCCUCGCGCGGACUCGAUCCGGCGGUGAUCAAGUCUCUCCCCGUUUUCGCUUUCUCCGAGUCAACUCACAAGGAUCUGUUGACCGAGUGCGCGGUCUGCCUCUCCGAGUUCGAGGAAGGCGAGUCGGGUCGGGUUUUGCCCGGCUGCAAGCAUACUUUCCACGUGGACUGUAUAGAUAUGUGGUUUCAUUCUCACUCCACGUGUCCUCUCUGCCGCUCUCUCGUCAAACCUGAGGUAACUGCGACGGUGGAGGAGGAGCAAGUCGUAAUCACGAUUUCUCCUGAACCGGUUUCCGCGAUUGAACCGGGUUCGAGUUCCGGAUUGAGAGACGAGCCUCCUAGUGGUUCUGUGAUGCCGUCGGAAGAUUUGAUGAGGAAACCGGCGGCGAUUGAGGUGCCGAGGAGGAACUUGAGCGAGUUCGAAGACGAUUUGAGUCGGAACUCGCCGGCGAGUCACUCGUUUAGGUCGCCGAUGAGUCGGAUGUUAUCUUUCACUCGGAUGUUGAGCAGAGGUAACGCCUCGUCGCCUGUAGCCGGAGCUCCGGCUCAAUCUCCGUCGUCUAACUGCCGGAUAGCGAUGACCGAGUCGGAUAUCGAGCGUGGAGGAGGAGAAGAGACUAGGUGAGUUUAUUGGUCGGAAAGUAAAACUACAAUUUUUAUUACAGGAUUUGAUAUAAGUCAACAAGGCGUUGUCGACGGUUGAUUUAAGCUCUCGUGGCACGUGGCGUAAUCUUAACGAAUCUUAUUCACCAUGUGUUUUACUUCUGUUAGUUUAGAUAGAAUUGUCUGAAAGAUGUACGUAAGUUGUCAGUCGUCGAUGAUGUUAAAUUGAAUCUUUUUUUUUCAUUCCCAAUCGCUAUAGACUCUUUAUGUAAUACCACCAAUUCAAUGGUCAUGAAAUCAUGAUAGAGACUUCACAUAA